CCGCUCCCGCCCGCGGGGCGCUGAGGCUGCCGGGAGCCGCCAUCUUCUCAGCGUGCGGGACCGGGAGCGGCUCCCGCGCCGGGGCCGCGCCGAGCGGGACGGGACGCGUCCGGAAUGUAAAUACUGGAAUUUGUUCUAAAGAUUGUUGGAAAAUAGGGAUGAAACCAGUAUGUGCUUUGAUUAAUCUAUUGCUAUACUUGGUCUGAUUGGAUACUAAUUUCUUAGGGAGAACUAUUCAGAUGCAAAUUUGUCCCACUCUUAUCUAUGGAGAGCCUUGCCAUGAAUCCAUUUUUCUUGUUUAUUGCUCUAUUCCAUACCCAUAUUACUUCUUCAUGAAGAAAAAUACGAUGUGAAAAUAAUUCUCAGAAUGGAAACCUAAAGGAGAGCUCUGCCUAUGCAGAGAUGACGUGUAAUGUCCCCCAUAAUUCGGACUGUGCCACUGCAGACACUGCCUGUGGCCAGGAAUGGGCACAGGAACGCUGUCGCCUGGGAACGUUUGUUGGAUUUCCCCUCGGCUGCCCGGUGUCACCGUUAGCACUGGCACGAGCUGGCUUUGUUUACACUGGAGAAGGUGACAAAGUGAAGUGCUUCAGUUGCCAUGCAACUAUUGAAGGAUGGGCAUCUGGGGAUUCUGCAGUUGAGAGACACAAAGAGCUUUCCCCAAACUGCAAAUUUAUUACCGACUCUGCUUUUCUGGAAGAUGAUGUGGAUCCUGUAGGCCAGAACUACCAGCACAGAACUGAAAAUGGUUCCAGCAAUUCAGCCCUCCUGUGUGCCCUGGAUGACCCUGACUUGGAGGCAGAUUACCUUUUGAGAACUAGGCAGGUUGUGGAUAUGUCAGAUACUUUAUAUCCUAGGAACCCUGCUAUGUGCAGUGAAGAAACAAGAUUAAAGUCUUUUCACAACUGGCCCCUCAAUGACCAAUUGACACCACAGGAAUUAUCUAAUGCUGGAUUUUAUUAUACAGGUGUUGGUGAUCAAGUGGCGUGUUUUUGUUGUGGUGGAAAACUGAAGAACUGGGAACCCACUGACAGAGCUUGGUCAGAACACAAGAGGCAUUUUCCCAAAUGCCUUUUUGUACUAGGCCGGGAUGUUGGAAAUGUUCCAAGUGAAUCUGUUCCUGAUGAAUUUGGGAUAAGUGGCCUGAACAAUGCACAGCACCCAAGGAAUCCAUCUAUGGCAAAGUAUGGAAGACGUUUACAAACAUUUUUGUCUUGGAUAUAUCCUGUUGACAAGGAGCAACUUGCAGAAGCUGGGUUCUACAGCGUAGGUAAUGGUGAUCAUGUUGUGUGUUUCCACUGUGGUGGAGGAUUGCAAGAAUGGAAGGAAAAUGAAGAUCCAUGGGAUCAACAUGCCAAAUGGUUUCCUGGGUGCAGGUUUUUGAGCAAGGAAAAGGGGAUAGAGUUUAUAAAUAAUGUUCACUUAAGAGACGCAUGUAGUGAUCCAACAACAGAAGCUGCUGAAGGGACAAUACUUCCUAAAGAUGAUCUCUUACAGAAUCCUUUGGUACAAAGUGCCAUAGCCAUGGGUUUCAGUUUGUCUGAGAUUAGGAACACCAUGGAAAAGAGAUUGCAGAUGACUGGAGAAAGUCACACAUCUGUUGAGGAUCUGGUAGCAGACUUAAGUGCUCAGAAAGAAAAUACAAGGGAAGAAGAACCAAAUGAAAUCCCAGUUGAGCAAGAUGAGCUUAUUCAAUUACAAAACCUCUACCUCAGCACUGAAGAGAAGUUAAGACGCUUGCAAGAAGAAAAGCUCUGUAAAAUCUGUAUGGCUAAAGAUGUGUCAGUUGUCUUCAUUCCCUGUGGCCACUUAGUUGCCUGUAAGGAAUGUGCUCAAGUACUUAGUGAAUGCCCUCUGUGUCGUACAGAUAUUAUGAGAAAACAGGACAUUUUUAUGUAUUAGUGAAAUCCACAGCACUAGGGAUGCAAAUGUUUCCUGCUUUAUUGCUUUAAAUAUGUGCAAUGUAAUAUUAAAAAUGCAGUUAAUUCCAGGAUGUAACCAUAUGGCAGUGUUUAGAUUUUUCUGCUGUCAAACUCUGUUUUAACACUUCAAAAAUUAUUUAAAUUAUUUUUCUGAAGCGAAUUUUUUUGUACGUAAAAAGCAAUAUAAAAAGGUAAAUAUGUAUAUUUUGUAACUUCAGUUCAUAGACUGAAAGCCCAAAUGAUGCAAACCUUUAUGUGAUCAUUCCUUUGCUUCACUUUGGUAGGACUCUGUAUGACUGAAGUUUAUGCAAAUACAGUUGUAUAAAGAGCCUAUCCCUGUAUAAAAUUUGUAAGUUAAUUUAAAAUGCUGUUGUAUACAUGUGUAUUAUAGCUGAGAUUUUAACUUCUUAAAAAUGUUAUGUAAGAUUGAAAAUAUUAUUUCUCUAACUGUGGUUGUGACAUAAUUCAGAAUAUACACACAAACCUGCUGCUGAAUACUUCACCUUCUGUUUACUUCUUCUGCUUUGUAAGUUUGUCUGUUUUGAUAUGUGUCUCCUUGUCUAUUUUUUCGGGUUUAGAUGUAGGAAUUGGCUUCAGUAAACUGAAGUUUUAGCCAUCCAUUUUCCACAAAAAUCCCUCUGUAUAUAAAAUGUACAUUAAUUUCAUUGAUUUUUGAGAACUAAACAGAAAUGAAGGAGAUUUUAUGCACCUUGUGCCCUUCAUGAGAGGAGUGGGCAAGUUAAGGACUAUUCUAAUGAGAGUCACCUUAAAAUACUCAAAUGUUUUCAUACUGGACUCCAUUUCCAAUUAAAAAAAGUAUCACAGCUUUGUAUUUUAGUACAGCUGUUUUAUGGUUACUCUUCUUUAUUAUGUGACUUCCUUGUUUUGUGGAGUACUAUGUUCUGUGUAUAUACUUUUGAGUUCUACACACUAAAAGAUUUAGAAUAUAGAAUAUAGAGAAUAUAGUUUUUCACAUGGUAAAAGUUUUAAAUCAAAUACACAGAAAUUUAAUAUCUACCUUUUCUAUUUUUUUAAUCUAUGCUGUGUGAUGUAAUGAAUAUGUAAAAUAAAGUGCAACCUAGUUGUUCCUUGAACAGUAUUUGAUUUGCACCUGGAAAAAAAAUAAUUUAUAACAGAAGGCUGCUUUCUGUUGUUUUUUGUUUUAUAACUAAACUGUUAUUAAUGUAACCACAGUGUUAUUAGGCAUAAUGAACAUAUUUUAAUUGGAGAGGAAAUAAAAUCUAUUGUUUGUGUAAAUUAAAGUUGUUUAAUUAUAAAAUUAAACUACAUUAAUUUUGCUAUUUUUUUCUGAUAGAAUUUUGUCUUACAAAUAGAUGAUGAGUAGAAAUUCAUAAAGAAUUCAGCACAGAUGUUUUAUUUUGCCUCCUUGUGCCUUUGUGAAGAGUUGAGAGUUUCAGAUGUCCUGCAUGCAGAGAUUUUUCAGGACAGACAUGGACUGGCAGUUCUCAUGGGCUGUUCCUUGCACCCCUUGCAGGGAGGGUUUUCUGUGCUUUUCCUGGGAAAUUGCAGGGGGGUUGUUAGCUCAUGAGCUGGUGUGUCUUGCCUGAAAUAGCUUUUUUAGUUAAGGUGGCAAAUUGUGUUUUGCUGACUUGCUUAAGCAGAUGGUUGGUUACCUAACCUUGUCCUGGGUCAUGUGAGAGGCUGUUGGGAUCAGCUGGAUCCAACUCACAGGCUGCAGGACUUGGCACGUGGCAACAGAGGCCUGGCUGGGAAAGAGACUGACCAAAUUUGCUUAAACUGGUACAAAACUAAAUCCUAGUAAGGAGAUGGUUUGGGGUGUAAAUACAGUAUGUAAAGUGUCUGAGAAAAGCUGGAAAGUAGGUGACAAAUAAUACCACCUUAACUGACAUGGAGAGGAAACACAUUGUCCAAGUAAUAUGGAAGCAGAGCAUAAAUGCUUCACAUUAAAACUUGGUAACUUUUAAAAGGUAUCCUUCUGUGUUUUUAUAUACAUAUCCUUUACUGCAUCUUUUUCAUAUAAUAUUAUAAAAGAUACAGCUAUAUAGCAAUUCAACUUGUAAUCACCUGGGGACAUUAAAGGGUUAAAAGCGUGUUAGUGAGAUGACAAAAUAACUGCUCUGUAGGUUUAGUUUUUUUUUUUUUUUUAAAUACAAUUAGAGUUCUAUUCAGACUAAAUGUGAAAAAAUAAUUAGCAUAAUCAUCAAAUUCUGACAGCUCAAAUUAGGAAGAUAGUUUUUUCAAAUUACUUUGAUUUUUCAGUAUCUUAAACUGAGAAGUUCCAUGGCUGCUGAUACUGGGUGUUUAAAGUGUUUAAAGACAUAGAAACGAGGGAUGCAAAUACAUGGAAGCACAUGGGCUUUGAAAAGGAGGUUAGCAGCAGGACAAAGAUGCCUUGGGAGUUGAUUUUUAUAGAGGAGUUACUUGGGAGCUAUACAAUAUAUUUAAAUAUCAGUAUUCAGUAACUUUCUUCCAGUGGCUUCUGUGUAAAAUCUUCCAUUUUAUUUGUAAGAGCAGAACUAUUAAGAAAGGGUUUUCAAUAACACUUCCCGGAAGUGUGUUGUUUAGAGAGCGUGGAAAGUACACACCUCAUUUAGAAACAGAAGGCUAAAGCAAGGAAAACACGGACAGUCAAAGUUUUUGUUACACAUGUAGCUUUUUCUCACUGCCUUGAAACAUGGGGCCCAAACCAUAACCCUGAUUUACUAAGCUGGAGUUUGUGUCUCUACAGAUUAGUAUCUGUCUGGGUUUUUUUUUGAUUUGUUCUGAGGCUUGAUCCAAGGCUUGUAGCACAAUAAAAAGUUUUUAAAUUA